GAAAAUGGGAAAGAAAUUCUAAAAGAAGAAGGAAGAGAAGAAACUCAAAUAAAGCAGGAAUAAAACAAGCAAGGGAGCCAUUUCAAAGAUAUAUCCCGCCUGCUACUACUACUUCAGGUUGCGGCAACAUUAUUUACAAAUAAAUAGUUGCCGCUACUUUACAAAUAAAUAGUAAAGUAUCGUGGGUUGAGGUCUUGAGGACAGGACUCGAACUUACGCUUGUUGGUCGGGCUAUUGAUGCGGUCUUUAGAACUGGAUAAAUGCUUCUCAAAAUAACCUGUGCAGCAACACUACAAAACAACACCCCAUUUCAGAAGAGGUUUAGAGAAGUACUUGCUCAGAAGAACAGACUCUUCAAAGUCAAAUCAAUAUCUGAGGCUUUUUUUUGUGAAUAUCCACUCCAGUUAACUGGAAGUUCUAGUGGAACACUCUUGGUUGAUAAAAAUGUGUUAACCGUGUUUGCAGCUUUUAAAAUUGACACAUGUUUUCAUGAUACAGUAUAUUGCUGAGAAUGUAGUUAUACCUUCAUCUGAUGCCUGAGAAUUUUUUUUAUAAUUACAGAACAUUGUUAGACAUUAACUUUGAUCAAAACACUGUGUACCUUUGUUAGAUAUUUUUUUUAAAUAUCUAAGAAUAACAUUAUGUAUAUAAAAAAAUUGCAGUACCUCCUCAACACAGUUUUAAUGUUGAAAGUUGUGAAGGAUGUGGAUUUCACUAAUCAUUUGAUUUGCUAGUAUAAAUACAGUAUGUUGUUACCUCUAUUUACCUGUAAGCUUUUGCAAUGUGGAUGUUUGUAGGAAAAUCAUUGAAGACAAUCCCAACAAGAUUAUUGGAAUAAAGGAGCAUUCUGUGAAUAUAUAGUACGAGAAAAAAACAAUUAUCCCAUCACACCAUUUGAGGAAUGUCCUUCAGGACAAAAAAAUAUAGUUUCUGGAGAGACAGAAAAGUUAUUCUGUUAAAUCACAGGCUAUGGAAGGUUCAUCAUAUAAUUCUGAUUGCCUCAAUCAGAGCUUGACUCCUAAUACAGAAGAUAAGAAAAAUAAUAGUCCAGCCUUGAAUAUGAGACACUCUAAGAAUACUAUCAAUAAGGGUAGCAUGGUGGCAGAAGCUUCUCCAGGUUAUACAGACUCAACCCCUUUAGAAAAGGGUGAAACAGAUGAAGGGGAUACUGGAAAUAGUAUCAUUAAUGCAAAGGAAAUAGAUCAAGUUGGCAGUAACGAAGAUGAUUCUUUUGCCAUUACUGAAGAUUUUAUCGACUCAUCUUCUAAAAAGAAAGUAGUGGUGAAGGAAGUGAAAGGUUCACUUGUAAGAUUUGUAAGAAAGUGUUUUUUUCAAGAAGGGGUUACUCAAAUCAUAAGCGUAUACACAAGAGUGAUAAGCCAUUGUUAGGUGGUGAAGGGAAUGAAAGGUUCACUUGCAAGGUUUGUAAGAAAAUAUUCCUUGCUAAAAUGUUUCUCACACGUCACAUGCGUAUGCACAAUAAUUCUAGACCAUUUUUGUGUGAUGUUUGUGGAAAGACCUUUGGUAGCCUUAGGUAUUUGGAUUUGCACAUCUUAACACAUACCAAAUUGAAAGAACAUACCUGUGAAGAAUGUGGUAAAAGUUUCACGCAUAAAUGGACGUUAGAGUCCCAUGCUGUAGUACAUAGUAAUGAGAAACCAUUUCAGUGUGAAGUGUGUGGUCGUAAUUUUCGUCGUAGAGCUACAUUACGUUUCCAUAAGAGAACUCACACAAAUGAGCGACCCCACCAAUGUGAUGUGUGUGGAAAAUCUUUCACCCAGCCCAGUAGCCUAAAGACACAUCAGAAAUUACAUUCAGGAGACAGACCACAUUUUUGUAAUGUUUGCAAUGAGAGGUUUACAUUGAAGUAUGCUUUGCAGUUGCAUAUGCGUACUCACACUAAGGAAAAACCUUUUAGUUGUGAGUACUGCAAUAAAAGCUUUGCUCAGCUUGGUGCUCUGAAGAAUCACUUGAAGACACAUGGGAAUGAUAAGACUAGAAUUUCUGUGCGUAAGAAAGAAGAUUCUUCAAGUGAUGAUGACACACCAUCCAAAGAGAAAGCUAAAAAGCACCAAUGUGAACUUUGUGGCUAUUCGUUUGCUGCUAAAAGCACUUUGAAAGUACAUAUGAUGAGACAUAGAGGAGAAAGACCUCAUAAAUGUAAUGUCUGCUCUAAGAGUUUUACUCAGUCAAGUACCUUGAAAAUUCAUAUGCGAACUCACACUGGUGAUAAACCAUAUGCUUGUAGUGUUUGUGAUGCUCAAUUUACUUAUAGGUAUGCUCUCCAGAAGCACUGUUUAAAACACAAAAAUUCGAGAGAAUUGAGGGAUGAAGAAUGUCUGGAACAGGAAGAUAAUGGGAACAAAGUGGAAUUAAGUGAAGAAGAAGACAUUGAUACUAACCAAACAGUAUCAUGGACAGAUGAUGAAAAUGAAUUAAAGAAAAAUGAUAGUGACGAAGUUCAACAUAAAGAAUUGAAUAGGAAUGUCAGUAGUGAUGAAAAUGGUGUAAAAGAUACAAAUGUGAAGUUUGAUGGUGGUGAAGAUCAAAGAAAAAAUAUUAAGAAUAGAACACCCAUGAACUUUUUAGCAGUAUUUCAGUCUUCUCUCAAAGCUUCUCCUGACUCCGAUUAGUGUUGAGAUUAUUUCUGUUACUGAUUGAUUGUGCUAAUGUGUAUAGUAUGUACUACUAGGUUAUUAGAACUGUUAUCGGUAUUUGAGCAUUAUUAUAAUGUGUCUUGUCUAACACACUGUAAAUUGUAUUAAAGGUCCUUUUCAAGAUAUAUUUGGAGCCAGCUGCAUUGCUUGCUGCCUUUAUUUUUAACUUGCUCCACUUUUCACCUUACAUUAUAUUUUAAAAGUAAAAUUUUUGAAAAUAGAAAUAUCUUCAAACCUUUUUUGAUAUAUGCCAACUUUAGACAACCAGAGGUUAAUCAGUCCCAUGAAAGGAAAAAUAAAAAAAGAAUUUAAAUUGAAUAUUUAUUUUUGAUACAAGCGUCUUUAUGAAAACUAUAUGUAAAAUAUUUUUCUAAAAAUUAAUGAAACGUAUUGAUAUUAUUUAUCUUGCUUCUUGCAUUGACACUGUUUUGUCUUUUCUAAAUGCUAUAUAUGAAAAUCCAAAUACUAUAUAGUAUAAUUCAUUUUUUGAAUUGAAUGUUUGUAUGUAUACAUAUU